AUGUUCACCAAGUUCACCACCAUCGUCGCGGCUGCUGCUGCCCUUGUCUCUGCCAACCCUCUCCCUCGAGGCGAGUCUGGCUCUUGCAGCGUCACUCCCCAUGACAUGUACUCUAGCAGCAUUGGAGUCUUGGGCUGCAAGAUCAACACCAACCGCGUCGCCUACUGGCCCGGUUCCGUUGACUGCAACAACAUCUGCGUCAAGGUCUCCAACGAGGGCCGCUCUGUCUACCUCCUCAAGAUUGACUCUUCCGGCGGUGCCCACGACAUCUCUUACGAUGCCUGGAACUACCUCGGCUUUGGCAAGUCUGCCACCAAGGACCCCCAGAUGGGCGGUGGUAUUAACAUGGAGUACGAGUACGUCCACGCCUCCAAGUGCAAGGACCUCCUCGAUGACGGCAAGCUUCCCCUCGCUGCCGCCAACUCUAUGAACUACGUUGCCUCUUGCUUGAGCGAGCCCAAGAGCUGGGUCGCCCAGAACUACCAGCUGUACAACAUCAACGACCCCGUCUGCAAGCACGGCGUCAACGAGAAGUGCCACCUCAACCUCGCUGUCAGCAACCAGCCUGAGUGCCCCAGCGGCCUCGGUUCCGUCAAGGAGCUCAAGAUGAAGGUUGAGAACAUUCUCUACGGCACUGGUGAGAAGGCCGCCGCCCUCUAA